GAAAAGACCACCAGUUAAAUAUGUUCGUAGCAAUUCACACCCGAAACAAACAUUGUGCUUCCAUAUAUUCCAAUUGAGUUUCCAUCUUCAAUCGUCUCAUUCCAAAAUAUAUCCAGGCACCAGCUCUCACAAUGACAACACCUUCUCCAUCCGAUUUUCUCACUCUCUCCCGUCGUGUCCUUGUACCCCUAUCGCGUACCCUCGCACAUCACCAUGCCUCCUACUCCAUGAUCGCCCCACGCUCUCUUCACUCCAUUCGCUACUACAGCAGCGGCAAGGACAGCCCUGGACUCGGCAAAGAGCACGUUCUGGACAAGAGCACGCAUGACACGCACAACAUUCACUCCAAGGCGAGCGCGGAGGGUCAACAGGACAGGAAUAAACAGAACGGAACAGGCGGCUCAGCAACGACAGGAGCAGAUCAGAGAAAUAGCACGGCAAAGGCGAAGAAGGAUCAUCCCGAGGCACCAGACGUGAUUAUUGGGAUGCAAGAUGAGAGGGGUGCGAAGGGACAUUGAGCGGCACCUAAAAUGCGAGGACAAUACGAGUAAUGAGAGUAUUAGGGUAUCUGGCUAGACGACGAUUAUGACGGAUGCCUGAGGAUUGUGAUAUCAUGACUGUACAUUCAAGAACAUCAAAAGUAGCCACUUACACAAGAUCGUAGCUGCAUAACCUC